AUGCCUCUUCUCUAUGGAGAGGAGACUCACAAACAGCAUUUGACGGACACCGAGGACGAUCGUUCGGUUUCUACACUUCCCACCGUUCCACAAGCAGCCUUCGAUUCCUUCGAUAAGCAACACCGGGAGGUGUGUCUCCCAGAUACUAGGGUUGAACUGCGCCGAGAUAUUGCGGAAUGGGCAGAUGGCUCGGACAACAAAGUCAUCUAUUGGCUGAGUGGUGUUGCAGGCACUGGCAAAUCGACUAUUGCUCGCACCAUCGCUCGCAAAUACCAGCAUCAAGGGCAUCUAGGGGCCAACUUUUUCUUUUCCAGGGGAGGUGGCGAGGUUUCCCGUGCCGAUAAACUAUUCACCACUCUUGCAUUCCAACUGGCGAACAAGAUUCCCGCACUCAAGCGUCAUAUUGCGCAAGCAAUCUCAGAACAAGAAACCAUCGCUACACACUCCUUCAGGGAUCAAUGGGACCAGUUGAUUCUCAAUCCACUUGCGAAGUUAGAUCCGAGAACCUUCCAAACACCCAUUGUGAUGAUACUCGAUGCACUAGAUGAGUGCGAAAGCGAACGGGACAUUCGAAUCAUCCUUCGACUCUUAGCUACUACCACCUCAAUACCUGGUAUUCGCCUGCGAAUAUUGAUCACCAGCAGACCGGAAAUUUCAGACCGCUGUAAUUUCUCUCAGAUACCAGCCGCUGAACGGCAAAUGUUUGUGCUCCAUGAAAUUUCGCCCACCGUUAUGGAUCGCGAUCUCAGCCUUUUCUUCGAGCAUAGUCUUACCACAAUCAGACAGGAACGUGGGUUUGCUGUAGACUGGCCGGGAAGGAAGGUGAUCAAGCGUUUGGUCGAAAUCUCGGGCGGCCUCUUCAUUUGGGCUUCCACAGCGUGUCGUUUCAUUCGCGAUGGUAGACGUCUUGCAAUGAGACGAAUCGCUCUUCUUCUCAAUGGAAGCUCUUCUGAGGCAGACCCUGAGAAACAGCUGGACGACAUCUACACUUCAGUUCUUAGGAACUCCCAAGAGCUAUAUGGAAUCCUACGCGAAGUUCUCGGGAGCAUCGUGAUUUUGUUCUCCCCAUUGUCGGUAGAGUCAUUGACCAACUUGCUUCCACUUUCGGCGAACGAUAUCGACGAAACCCUGGCAAACCUGCACACCAUUUUCAAUAUUCCCAGUCAAAAGGAACAUCCGAUUCGGUUGCAUCACCCUACAUUUCGAGACUUUCUGAUCAAUAAAAACCGAUGUCUGAUUCGAGCUUCUGGAAUGCUCAAGGAUGAGAUGUGCAACCUGAAAUCACCAGGUUCCCUGGUUGAAAAUAUCAACCCCCAGCGUAUCAAAUCGUCCAUCUCACCCGAGCUCGAAUAUGCGUGCCUCUAUUGGGUACAGCAUUAUCGUGAAAGCAGAGUCCAAAUUCGGGAUGGCGAUAAGGCUCACGUGUUCUUUCAAAAGUACUUCCUCUCUUGGUUCGAGACUGUCAGUCUCGUUGGUAAAGGGUCCGAAGUGGCAGGCAUAAUCAGAAUGUAUUCUGCAAUUUUGUUGCCUGAAGACAACGCUCGCCAAUUUCCUUUUGUUCAAAAUGCAAGGCGAUGGGCAUUUGCGUUUCAGUCGAUAAUUGAACGUGCUCCCCUACAAAAUUAUUGCGCAGCCCUCGCAUUCAUUUCACCAAGCAAUGAUCUUCGGUCUCAUUUCUGGACGCAGAUGCAUCCCUUGAUCCACGAUGUUCGCCUCGCUGAAGGAGUUUCAGGAAAUCCUGAGAAGCGCCUAACUAGCAGAACAUUUUUUGUCAAUGAUUUGGCAUUUACCCCCAAUGGACGGCAGCUUGCAUCAGGUGCAAUAGAGGCAGAAGCUCGGCUCUGGGACACAACGACCCUCGCACCUCUAGCCAAGCUCAAGGGUCCAGCAAACAAGAUCAGUUCUGUCACUAUCUCAGCUGAUGGAAUGCUCAUGGCGGGUGGAUCAGACGACACUACUGUAGUCAUCUGGGAUCUGAAUACGCACACUAUACUUCACACGCUAAGAGAACAUUCGCGAUGGGUGAACUCCGUAGCUUUCUCACCUGACGGGAAAUUGCUUGCAUCCGGCUCCAUGGAUGAAUCAGUGAGAGUCUGGAACCCAGAGAAUGGAGAGCAGCUCAGUGUGUUGGAAAGUAACUCAAGUUGUAUCAAUGCUGUCGCUUUUUCUCCCGACAACUCUAUGAUUGCUGCAGCAUCUGUCGAUCAAACGGUUCGAUUGUGGAACAUCAAAAGCGAAGAGAUAAUCUUACUGCUCGACGGCCAUACUGGAUCAGUAAAUUCAGUCCGAUUCUCACCUGAUGGGAUGCGUAUCGUCUCUGGGGCAGAUGAUAAGACUGUCAGGGUCUGGGACACUCGUUCAGGAUCAGAGAUCAUGGUCUUGGAAGAUCACCAGAGACGAGUCAUGACUGUCGCAUGGUCUCCAGAUGCCCGCACUCUCGCGACAGGGUCUGAAGACACGACUGUUAGACUUUGGGAUGCAGACACCGGCGCUGGAGUGGCUAUUUUGAAAGGACAUACUAGCGGCAUAAAUGCCGUCACUUUUGGUCCUGAUAGCCGCACCGUUGCUUCUAGCUCCUUCAACGAGGAGGUUCGCCUAUGGAAUGUGUUAACCGGCGAGUCAAUUGGAAAAUUGACAGAGUUUCCCGAAAACUCAUCACCGCAAGAUGAGGCUGAAUCUGUUCUAAGGAAGACAUCCACGGCCGAAGCAGAUGUCAAAUCUUUGGCCCAUUCGGGUACGGUCAUAUGUGCAGCUUUCUCACCAGAUGGACACUUGAUCGGCACAGGAGCGCAGGACAACACUGUCAAGAUAUGGUCAAAGGAUGCCUCUCAACUCCACUCAAUGGAAGGCCACGCAGCCAGCAUCAACAAGGUCAUCUUCUCUUCGAAUAAUCAGCUACUUGCAUCAGCUUCGGUAGACAAGACGGUGAGAGUAUGGAAUGCAGUCACAGGCACACUGUAUCACGCGCUUAGGGGCCAUUCCGACAAUGUCCGUUCGAUCCGAUUCGCCUAUGAUGAUCAGCUCCUUCUAUCCUGCUCAACGGACAAGACUGCAGCUAUCUGGGACGUAGAGACAGGCAUUUUGUUGAACCGGCUUGUUGGCCAUGCCGACACUGUGAAUGAUGUCAUAGUCUCUCCAGUUGAUCUCACACUAGUUGCAACAUGCUCUGCAGAUUCAACUGUCAGAAUUUGGCAGGUCUCUUCAGAGCCGACAUGUCAAAUACUAGAGGGCCACUCGGAUGCUGUGAAUUGUAUUUCAUUUUCCUCGGACGGCAAAUUCAUCGCAUCUGACUCUGCAGAUUCGACCAUCCGGCUAUGGAAUGUAUCUGGAGAGGCUUACCACACACUGCGGGACCAUACGUCCUCAGUGACCGCGGUCGCUUUCUCUCGGGACAACAAGUUCAUGGUAUCUUCCUCGGAAGAUCAAACAGUGAGGCUUUGGGAGACCAGUACGUUCUUGGUCAUAGGCAAACAUGAUCUCUCGAUUGCAGUAGGCUCUUUGGCAUUCUCGAGUUGCGGCAAGUACAUUGACACCGAUCGGGGUGUCUUGGACGUUGCCUCAAUUCCAGAAUCAACCGGUCCGAUCUCCCCAUACAAUCCUGUCAAUACUUUCGUUUCUCAGGAGUGGCUGAGAAGAGGAUCAGAGGACGUGUUAUGGUUACCAGAGGAUUUCCAUGCCACCAGUGUGGCAGUCCGGGGAAACAAUGUCGUUUUGGGACAUGCAGGUGGCGGUGUUACCUUUGUUUACUUCUAA